CCCUGGUCCCCACCCCUAGAAGACAACGGAACCCAGAAAAGAAGAGGCCUGUGGACAGAAAAGUCAUGUCUGAUUCCCUGGUGGUGUGUGAGGUGGACCCAGAGCUAAAGGAGAAGCUGAGGAAAUUCCGCUUCCGAAAAGAGACGGACAAUGCAGCCAUAAUAAUGAAGGUGGACAAAGACCGGCAGAUGGUGGUGCUGGAGGAAGAAUUUCAGAACAUUUCUCCAGAGGAACUAAAAAUGGAGUUGCCAGAGAGACAGCCCAGGUUCGUGGUUUACAGCUACAAGUACGUGCACGCUGAUGGCCGAGUGUCCUACCCCUUGUGUUUCAUCUUCUCCAGCCCCGUGGGCUGCAAGCCUGAACAACAGAUGAUGUAUGCAGGGAGCAAAAACAGGCUGGUGCAGACAGCAGAGCUCACAAAGGUGUUUGAAAUCCGCACCACUGAUGACCUCACCGAGGCUUGGCUCCAAGAGAAGUUGUCUUUCUUUCGUUGACCCUUAGGACGUGAACAUCUGAGAUCUUAAAGAAAUUAAAAUGGAAGAACUCUGAG